CGCUCCACAAGAUUGCGGGGUGUGUAAAAAUGACCGCCAUAUUUUGCGUUUUAACUAAUUUCCUCAUUAAUGAUUUUUCUACCUUUCUUCCUUCGGAAUAAACCCAUGAUUUUAAAAUGUCUGGUGUAAAUAUGCAAGGCUCGACCACAGAUCAAAUCACCUAUACAAAUGACCGUCCACAAGGUUUAUCUACGGAGGCCAAGAUGGUUCUCAUGCAACAGCAGUUAGCACUACUUUUACAUGCUGAUCAUUGUGAACGCCUUGAAAGGAGGGGGAUGGCAACAAACUGUAUGGAUCGAAAUUGUGGUGAAAUCCGAAACUUGCUGCCUCAUUUACAGAGUUGUACUCGAGAAAAGGAGUGCAAUGUUCCACAUUGUAUUUCAUCUAAGUACAUAAUGCGACACUACCGUUCUUGCGGAGAUAUGGAAUGCAAAGUUUGUUCAGCAAUCAGGAAACCGAUUGGGAACUCUACACCGUCAUCAGCAUCAUCCGUUAGUUGCCCACAAAAUGGACUCGCUUCAAACCACAAAUCUGACAUAUCAUCCUUAAAUGGCAUCAAAAUAUCAGACUCUUUACUUCCACACCAAAAGACUGCUUUUACAACUGGCUCGUGUGAAUCACAACCAACUGUUGUGUUGAAUGGUGAGUUCAAUCGGGUACCUUUACAUGAAAGCCGCAUCACUGAUCAACAGCGAGAACUAGCUAUGAAAAAAUUUGUGAAUGAUAUUUCUUUAUCAAUCUUUCCAACGGCAAAUCCUACCGCAUACAGUGAUCCCAGAAUGAAACAGUUUCUCGAUUAUGUGAAACGAAUGGAAAAAGACGUUUUUGUAAAAUCUAGGUCAACUGAAGAAUAUUUCAAGACAAUGGCACUCCAUUAUCACAAUAUACAUUCUGAAUUAAAGGAAAAGCGUCGUCUGAGAGAAUCCUGUCCGCCACUACAAAAUGGAGACAUUUCUGAUGUGACACAACCUUCAGAACUGUCAAAUUCUGUUUCAUCAGAAAACUCAUUAAAAACUAAUUCUUAUGAUCAGGACCAGUUUUCAGAUGCUUUAGAAAUCGUAUCCAAGCGUGAAGAACAGAUUCAACGGGAAAUUAAAGUUGAAGUUGCAACAGAAAGCUCUUCGAAUUCCUCUGACUCUGCAGGGGUUUUAGAAGACAAGGAUAAUAAAGAGGAUUCAAAUUCACCAGAAGUUAAAUAUCAUCCUGUCGCGUCCGUAGAACCUAGUGAAAGCGACACAAAAACAAAGAUUGAUGAAAAAACUGAUCUGGAGUCUGAUGCACCUGAGCCUACCGGUUCUGAUGAAAAAAAGACGGAUGCUCAGGCUUCUCGAGAACCUAUCAGACGGAGAAUAUGGUACUCUAAUGAACUGUUGCAGCAUUUUCUACCAGUUGUACUAAAAAUAAGCAAAGAAAAGGAUGCAGAACCAUUUUUGACUCCAGUGGAUUGGAAGUUCCUUGAAAUAUAUGAUUAUCCUCAAAUAGUUUCUGAUCCUAUGGAUCUAUCAACUAUACGGAGAAAAUUAGAAGACCGAGAAUAUAAAGAUCCUUGGGAAAUAGUCGAUGACUUUUGGUUGAUGCUUAACAAUGCCUGGCUGUACAAUAAGAAGACGUCCAAGGUGUACAAGACCUGUACAAGGUUGGCUGAGACAUUUGAAACUAUAAUUGAUCCCGUAAUGCAGUCGCUUGGAUUUUGCUGUGGCAGGGAAUACUAUUACCAACCACCUACCUUAACCUGUUUAACGCCCAAGUUUUGUACAAUAUAUCGCGAUGCAGUUUAUUACGUCUACAAGAGCGAUGGUCAAACUCCUGGACUUUUGGAACAAAAAUACACAGUAUGCGAGAGAUGUUACAAUGAAGCUUUGGAUCAAAUAGCCCUUGACAGUGACUCCAGUAACCCAGUGAAUGUUCAGAAGAGCUUGAUGGAGAAGUGCAAAAAUGAUAUCAAAGAAAAGGAGCCAUUCGUAUUUUGCAAACAUUGUGGAAGGAAGUGGCACAGAGUUUGUGCCAUAUACCUUGAAGAAAUUUGGCCAGAUGGUUUUAUUUGCAAUCACUGUAUUGUGAACUAUGGAUUAAAGCGUGUUGAAAAUCGUUUUACAGCUAAGAAAUUGACAACAUGCAAAUUAAGCAACUUUUUAGAAAAACGUGUAAAUGACUUUCUGAAGAAAAAAGAAGCCGAUGCGGGUGACGUCAUCAUUCGUGUUCUUGCGGCAGCAGAUAAAACUGUUGAAGUUAAAUCUGGUAUGAAAGCUCGGUUCUGUGAUAACGGAGAAAUGCCUGAGUCUUUUCCGUACAGAGUGAAAGCCAUUUUCGCAUUUCAGGAAAUCGACGGUCAGGAAGUAUGUUUUUUUGGUCUUCACGUUCAGGAAUAUGGAUCAGAAUGCCCACUUCCUAAUACCAGAAGGGUUUAUGUGGCUUAUUUAGAUUCCGUUUACUUUUUUCGUCCUAAACAAUUUCGCACAGAGAUAUAUCAUGAACUUUUGGUUGGUUACAUUCACUAUGCAAAGUUACUUGGUUUCACAAUGGCUCAUAUAUGGGCUUGUCCGCCUAGCGAAGGUGAUGAUUACAUUUUUCAUAUGCAUCCACCUGAUCAGAAAAUUCCUAAACCUAAGAGGUUACAAGAAUGGUAUCAAAAAAUGCUUAAAAAAGCACUCAUUGAACGCAUUGUGGUGGAUUACAAAGAUAUCUGUCAGGAUGCUAAUGAGUCCCAUAUGAUCUCUCCAGCUGAACUUGCCUAUUUCGAAGGUGACUUUUGGCCAAAUACUUUGGAAGAAAUAUUUAAGGAAAUGGAUGAAGAAGAUGCUAAAAGAAAACAGGAACAAGAAGCAUUGGCUCGCGGUGACGACGAUGAUGAAGCAAAAGAAAACGUGCAGACUAAAGAAACCGAUGAAAAUCCGGGGAAGAAGAAAGCCAAACGAAGAAAGCUCAAACGUAGUGCUUCUAUAACGAUCACGGGUAAACGAAAGCGCGUGGGUGGUAUCGGUUCAGGUGAUGUUGCAAAUGAAGUUGCACGUCGUGUCUACGAAAUAAUGGAGAAACAUAAGGAGAACUUCUUUGUCAUUCGAUUACACCCUCAAAAUUCUGUCGCUGCACUUCCACCAAUUAAGGAUCCGGACCCGCUUAUUAACUCAGAGCUAAUGGAAUGUCGUGGUGCUUUCUUAGAAAAAGCUCGUGAAAAGCACCUAGAAUUUUCAUCACUACGACGUGCUAAAUAUUCCACUUUGGUGAUGUUAUAUGAAUUACAUAAUGAAAAUCGUCAACCUCUAAUGUACACUUGCAAUGUUUGUAGUGCACAACUGGAAACUCCAUGGCAUUGUAAACAAUGUAUCGAAUAUGACUUAUGUCCCCGAUGCUAUGAAACCGAAAACCAUCCUCAUCCUAUGGUGAAAAUAGGUAUUGGACUUGAUGAUUGUAAUAAAGGACAAGAGCCAAGUAAUGAUUCAACUAUUCAGGAAUCAGGAAGAGAUAAACUGAGUCGUUGGGUAAAAGCCUUAGGCCAUAGCUGUUAUUGUCGUGAUGCAAAUUGUCGUGUAUAUGCAUGUAAGACAAUGAAAUAUCAGGUGCAACACUUUCGUGUACAUUCAACAGAUCGAAAUCAGUGUUCUGUUUGUCGAUUCAUCUAUUAUUUAUGUUGCUAUCAUUCAAAAACUUGCCAUGAAUUGAAAUGUCUCGUACCUUUAUGUCCUAAACUUAAAGCCAAAAUGAAGCAACAGCAAAAGCAACAACGCCUCAAACAAACACAAAUGUUACGCAGACGUAUGGCCACGAUGCAGCGCUGUAACAGCAUGACUCCUAAUCAUCAACCAACUCCCCCACCAUCUCAAAAUUAUCAACAAUGUUCGCAAUCUUCGACAUCUGAUUGCAUAUCUUCUCCUAUGUCUGUACCUAUGCAGUCAUCACCAUUUGCUUCUACAGCUGUUACUACUGUUUCCUACAACCUUACCUCUCCACAUUCACGAAGUCAAUCUUCUAUCCAAUCUCCACAGCAAAGUCCGUUUUUUCACCCUCCUUGUCCAUCAUAUCAGAAUUCUCAACAAACUGUUCAUUCAUCAAAAGCAUAUGUGUCUAGUCCAUCAAUUCCCCGAUCUCCGUCAAUAUCUGCUAUGCCAGUCUCUACUUGUGUUCAAAAUCUCCCUCAGUCAACUGGGACUCAUAAUCAGCCAGCUGUAACUUUAGAAUCGGACCAGCUGAUAAACACACAUGUAGAUAUCAGUAGGACAGGUUAUGCUUUUCAGUCUCAAUCAAAAUAUUCUUUAUCUUGUACCCAGCCUACAACAUCUUUCAGUACCCAACAACAACUGCAGCGACAUCAUAUACAGGAACGCCCACAAACAAGUCUUAAUAAUAACUGGGCCCCCAAUUACGUUGUUUCUCAACAUAGCAUCCAGCCACAUGGAUCUACUUCUGGACACUCGGUCGCACAUCGACCUUUACUUACAAACAAUUCAGUUCCCAUAGAUGCAUUAUCUCCAAAACCAUUUGUUCACCAACCGUGUGUAACUCCUAUGGAUGUUGACCCAUCAUAUCCCCAGCAAAUAAUGUCAAGUCGGUUUCAGGGAGAAAAUGAACACAAUAAUUACAUUUUCAAUAAGCAAUCUCAACAACAAUCGGUUACACACCACCCUUCACCAGCUUAUUCUCAAGUUAUUGAGGGGCAUAAUCCUGGAACCCUUUUACCUCCUAGCCAAACUUCAUCAGGAACUAUUUCCAACUCUAAUUGGAGGCAACCUGGAACUGCACCUCCAGGCAGUACUAUGUAUCCAUCAGGGUCAUCUGUUAGCUCUACUCAACCAAAUACGUCAAUCGUUCGGUCAGGAUCUGUGCAACCUACGUCCUCGCAAUCCAUAGUAUCAACAACCUCGCCCAACACUGGUGUUGCUGUUCCGUGUAGCAUCUCCCCAGAGGAUGUGCGGAUCGUUCAACAAGCAUAUACUACAAUGAGGCAGCGAGGUGCUCCGGCGUCUGAAGUAAAUCGGUUUUUUAUUCCUUUUACUUUCGACAAAUUUUCGAAUAUAUUUUAGUGGUUAAUUUAAUUUUAUGUCUAUUACUCAGUAAGGCCUUUUAUUCCUUCAAAGCUGAUUAGGAGGUAAAAAAGUUUAAUGUCAUGCAAUUCAUUAGUUGAAUGUACUGUGGGAUUGUUCUCAGUUUUUGUUUACUUUAGGUUUUCUAAUUAAUGCCUCUCUUGAGUGCUUUAUGUUAGUAUUUUUGAAUAUAAUGACUCAAAACUGCGUUUAUUCGUGCGUGUAUUAGUUUAAUAAAGUAUAACAGAUUCUUUAGUCCAUACCAAAACUGUGGUUGUAUCAGACUGAGGUUUGAUAUGAUAAUUAAUGUCAGUUUGAGCUUUAUAUUUACCAGAAGUUGUUUAUUAAUUUUUGUUAACAACUUUUCCAUUAACAUGACCUUUCUCUACACGACCGGUUUUUAGUGAUAUUCAUCUCCCUUCAAAAUCCAAUCUAAGUGGAAAAAAGCUUUUUUUAGCAAUAAUUCCACAAAACAUCAUAUAGAAUGUCAAGUAAUUCGUAUCUAAGUGUUGAGAAAUUUGGUUAUUCUAAUAUUUCUAUCCCAAUAUUCCACAUGAAUUAAUCAAAUUAAAUCGAGUCCUAUCACCAGUGUUCGUUUUUAAUGAUUAUUCCGUUGUAAAUUAGCUUCAUCCUGUGCUUCUUACAGCUCUAUUUUGCGAAAGAUUGGUUUGUAAAUAUACUUUAUGAUCAUCCCUGUCACAACCUACACUUAUUUGCUUGGAUUUCCUCCUAUUUACUAUAAGUACAGGAAAGUAAACACUUAGAUUCCGUUAAUAUGAAACAAUUUUUUUUGAAUAAUUAAGUUGCACUUAUAUUUCUACAAUUAUAAAUUAUUCUAACUAGUUUGUCGUCGUAGUAUAAGGCAAGAAUACAAUUUGCACUAAAUUCAUUGAAAAAAAAUUAGUUUAUGUCUACCACCAAUAAAUUCAUCUACAAUAUUUUGGCUUUGGAUAAAUAGUUUGUGAAUUUCAUGUUUAUUAUUAUUAUUAUUACUAUGGAAAGUUCAAUUAGUAUUGAUUAGCACUUAUUUGAUUAGAAUAAAUAAAAAAAAUUUUAACACAUAUUUCUCGACAUUCCAAUCAAUUAUUUUUUUCAAAUAACAUUUUCUGUAAUCAACUCAUCCUUAUUUAUAGUGACUGUAAUUAAGCACCCAAAUUUAUUUAGUAAGAAAUUCUGUAUAGUAUUUUUCUCUCUGUAACUAUACAAUAGUUUUACAGGACUAUUUUCUUUAAUUUUUUUUCUUGGUUAAUACAUAUGGAUAAAUGAAAAUUAUAGAAAACAUAUCUCAUUUAGUUAGUUACAAGUUUAUUUACUUAAUUUUUAGCCACAUAUUCCAUGUGUGGUGUUAUCAAAGCCUAUAGUAACUAUUAUGCUCAGUUGUCUAAAUGAUUACCCUAAUUGUUAAGAAGGACAUGAUCAUCUAACCAAUUUUUCUCCAUGAAAUUCUGUAGUAGUCAGUGUCCAACAAAUGCAAAAGCUCACUGGUACCUUUUUAAUCAUAGAAUUUCCCAAGUGUAUACUUUAUCACCAUUACAUCUGAAGUAUUUUAUAACUAACGGAGUAUAUGAAUAGAUAUUAUUUUUAAAAAGAAUGAAUUUUACACUUGAAGAUUGCACAAAAAAGUGAUUAUGUUUCGUGGGAAUGGUUACGAAAUCCGAUCUCAUCUACAAACCUUAAAGUAUUUCAGAAUUGAUUUAAAGGUACACCUAAUGUGUCAAAAGGAAAAAUCCUUAACAUGUAAUUUAGCGUAGGUAAAGCAUCCGAAUAUUUACUGAGGUGUACUCUACAGUUUCCUUUAUCCUACUGCGCUUUUGUGAACCAUGACACUCGAAGGUAGAAGAUAUGGAGCCAUAGAUAUCCGAUCACAGAUAUCUCGGGAGAAUUUUUCAAUCAUCAAUGCUGAAAUUGGUCGUAGAAGUAAAAUGGAAUCAAUUUUCGAACCAAAGCAAGAUAAUAUGUUGUAAAGUAUUUGAUUAUCGAUCUAUCUAUUCCUAAAAUUCGUUUUCGUCUUUCUUAUUGACCUUUAUCACCACUGCUACCACUACUUUUAUUAGUUAUCACUGGGUAUCGGGAUUCUUAAGAGAUAAUUGUGGAUAAAGGAUUAUCGUAUAUUAUUAUUGCACACUAAGUCGGGUUCUCAUUAGAAAGAACACAACUACAGAAGUAUAUCUGUCCAUAUGGUCGAUCUUUUUGAUUUAUUGUGCUGUAUACGUGAUAUUAGCUAUAUAGACUCGGUUGUAAGAUAAUAUAGUCGUAAUGUUGAUGCUGUGAUGCGAGCUAACCAAUCAAACAGUAAUAAUGUUUAGACAAGUACGAUGAUCAUAUAAUUGUUUCGAAAUAAUUAUGAACGUGAAGUCUAAGGUUUUUAAGUGGAACGACAGCUAUUAAUUUCACCUUAUUUUUCGCUAUUGCGAUUUUGCAUAUACUGUUUUCAUGUUAGUUAACAUUUAUAUUAAUUAUAACUGUGUAAAUAUGUCUAGGAACGAAACAUAUUCGAUGAUAGUGAUCGUAUUUAGAGUUAUUUUUCAUCAGAAUUUACAUAAUUAUUCCUAUUAUAAUACACUUCUUUGCAAAUAUUGUACUUUGGUUAAUAUUAUAUUACAGUUUUCAAGUUGGUUGAACUCCAGUCCACAAUAUGUGAGAGCGUGGCAGUAUAUUCAACAAUCACAUCUGCACAACCAACAGCAACAACAAUUAUCUCAAAUGUCCGGAUGUAUGCCUAGUACUUCUAAUCCUCAUUGUCCUAUGGGAGCUCAGCUACACAAUACAUAUUCUGCUUGUCAAACUCCACAAAAUUCUCAGUCAGCUGCUGGAUCGCGUCCUUUACCUCAAUCAAGGUAUCCUUAUUCACAAGUUCAACAGCAGCAGAUUAUUGGAAAUCCUCAGUCUCACCAAUCACAGUCGUGGUCCUCUUUGCCCACACAACAACCUCGUUUUCGUCAAGCAAUAACUCCUCCAAGUUUUAAUCAACAGUUUUCAAUCCCUUGUCAUCAACAAGUAGGUAAACCUCCUUCUACAACUAUAUCUCCAACUCAAGCAUCUAAUUCUCCUCAACGCUACAUGACUCAAGCAAAUAUGCCUCAACCUAUGACCAAUCAAAUCCCUAUUUCACCUCCUGCUUCUAACAUAUCUCGAUGUGCUAAUACUGCAAUGCCACAAAUGGCGUCACUUCCACGUUGUACGAACAGUCUCUCAAUGCCUUCCAUGGGUCUUGUAAAUUCUGCUGGUAUGAGUCCUAAUCGCGCAGUCCAACCCUCCCCUCAUUAUUCGUCUGUAAUGCUAUCACAGUUAUUAGGGCCUGGUCAAACAGCUAAUCUUGUUAACACCCCAUCUUCUGUUUCAGAGUAUCAUAAUAUGCCAAAUAAACAACAUCUUGUUCGACAGGAAUUCAUUCCUUCAACAGUUUUCCAGCAGAAAUUAAAUUAGGGCUAAAUAUUAUUGUCCAUUUAUCUAUAUCUCAGCUGACUUUUCUUAAAAUACUUGUGUUAAGUUUAAACUUUUUUCUUAUUCAGAUGUAUGUAUAUAUAAUAUGAAUUUGAUUAAUGAAUUAUCUGUGAGUUCUCACUACUACUUGUUAUUUUUCUUCAUUACGAAAAUGUGUAAAUAGUACUUUUGACCUCCCAGAAUGUUUUUUUUAAAAUUCAUUCUGUAUUAAUUUCACUGUCUACUUCUCACUUCAAUUUUCCCCAAUGGUGAGAUCAUGUGAUUUUUUGCCAUUUUCUGUAUAUUUGUACAGGCCAUUGUAUAUCUAUACGUGGCUAUCCCAAUUUUUGUUGAGCUAGAUUAUACACACAUUCACACUGUCAAACCUUAUAUUAAUGUAUUACUACUGAUGUAAUUUUGUUUUCUUUAAUAAGAAAUUUUUUUUUAAAUAUGAAUUCACUCAAAUGUAAUUAUUUCUAGCGUUUUGGAGUUCGUUUGUUCAUGGUCGAUUUGUUCAG